UUUUUAGAAGAUCCCUUAUCAGCCAUGCGAUGUUGCCUAAAGGGCGGCAGCAGUCUUUGAACUAAGCAAUGCUCUUCCAUGCUCAUUGUCUCUUUGGGAUUUAUACGGAACGGUUGAAAUGCAAUACUUUCGGCUACUAAUUUCAAUUCUUACCAUUUUGGCUGUGAAGUCCAAGGCCAACGAUACUGUUCAAGAACCAUUAUUCCCAACCGACGAUGAAUCAGCUAUUAACAGCGCCAAUGGUCCUGUCAGCACUGCCAUGGAAUCUCUGGCGUACAACACCGCUUCCAUAGCUGAUGAAAUCUCAUUCCAAGUUAGCACCAAACUUGAACGAACAGCGGAUAUCCUCCACGGAGGCAUCGAGUUGCUCAUCGCCAAUGCACUGGAGCAGCUGGCACAACCGAUCUAUCAAGCGUCACGUAAGCUAGGCAACGAUAGCUGCAACGCUACGUUUACCGCGGAGGACCUGCGUUCGACCAUCGAUACGCGCCUAAGCAUUUGCACUGAGGAGCUCAACGGUUUGAUGCAGACAUACAAAUCAGAGGCCGAUAACAGCGUUUCUGCAAUAGAUAAUUUCGUUAUUACAAUUAAUAGACUGCCCGACGAUUGCCAAGGUGAAUCGUGGCCUGAACAAGGCCUGCAAUCUUUUGCAACAGCCACGAGAUGCUUUAUCGAAGGUAUUACAGCCUUAAAUGCGCAAAUUUCGCAGGAACUAAAUACCGUUAGUUUAUUGUUGUCGCGCACACGUCAACUUUCGCAGCAAAGCGAGACACAAGCGCUCGUUUGUAUUGAAAAAUUGGUAAAUGAGAUUGUGAAGCUCGUUGAUGAAAAGCUGAAGGAUUGUUAAGAAAACCUUAUUGAGGUAAAGCAAUUUCUAGCCGCUGUACGUUGCU